CAACUACACUUAUUUGAGAGUCAAAGGCAUACAUUUUCAUCUAUAAUGAAGUUCAUCAUUUUCUUCAUCUACCCAUCUCUUUUUUACUCAGAGAGGCACACCUGCACCAUAACUUACACUGAAAUAAAUGGACAGACCAUUGCAGGAUUCCCAGAGGUUUCUUCAGUAACUACACUGGAUGGACAGCAGAUUGAUUGUUAUGACGGUGGGAUACAGAAGCUGAUUCCAAAACAGGACUGGAUGAAGUUUGCAUCUGGAGACAGAUGGAAAGAAUACACUAAGAUCAGAGAACGAGUGCAGCAGACCAACAAAAUCAACAUUCGUUUUAUAAUGGAGCAAUUCAGUCAGACAAGUGGUGUUCAUACGUAUCAGAGGAUGUAUGGAUGUGAUUGGGAUGAUGAGACGGGAAAAUCACAUGGGUUUGAUGAGCACGGUUAUGAUGGAGAAGAUUUCAUCUUUCUAGACAUAGAGGAGCUCAGAUUCAUCACAGUUGUACCACAGGGAAUAAUCACAAUGAUGAAGUGGAACAAUGACAGAGAACGACUUGAAUUACUGAAACAAUACUACGAACAAGAUUGCGUUUACUGGAUACAAUAUUUUUUGACGGAGACAGCCUUCGCUCCAGGCCUUGCUGCAGAAAGGAAAGCACGACCACAAUCGGGCAUCUACGUGGGUCCUCUCUGUGAGAAGAACACCACUCGACAAACAGGUUCCACUUCAAGGCUAUUUUCAUCACUUUUUUUUCCUCAAUCUUUUGUAGCUCCUGAAGUGUCUCUGUUACAGAAGAAUUCCUCUUCUCCAGUAGUGUGUCAUGCCUCAGGUUUCUACCCAUCAGCAGUGAAUAUCACCUGGUUAAGAAAUAGAGAAGAUCACUAUGAGGAUGUGGAGCUUGGAGAGUUACUACCAAAUGAAGAUGGGACCUUCCAGAAGACAUCUAUCCUCAAUGUUCAUCCAGAAGAGUGGAAGAAGCACCAGUAUGUUUGUGUGGUGGAGCACGAGGGAAUGACCAUCCAGAAGAAUCUGACUGAGGACGAGAUCAAGAGUAACAAAAUUUUUCCAGAUAACUGGAAGAUGAACCAGUAUUUUUGUGUGGAGGAGCACAAUGUAAAAGAGCACUCAGAAAAUCCAUGAUCAAGAUUAACAAAGAAACCAAAGUGUGAACUGAAAAUAUGUCAAUAUAAAGAGCCGACCUGCAGUGACAAAAAUCUUUGAAGAGUUUCCUCCAAUCAUCUGCACUUUACCAAGAUUUCAGCAUAACUGGAAAUCUUCAGGAUGUGGGAGAACAAAUCAUUUCCAUCACACUUGUGU